AUGUUACCACUAAUAAAUCCCUUGGUUUCUGCACCAUCUGUUGAUGAUGCAGAGGGUGGGAGUGUCUGUCUAAGAACAGUAACUGGAAAAAUAAUACUUGUUCCUUGCAUCAAAUUAGAGGGCUGUGAACUUUCAAUAGGAGUUCUAGAUGAAUGGCAAACUGGAACAUUGAUAUUCAAUGGAGCCUCGAUUGUUGAGCUACUAGGGGCAGAUUCACUUAGUGUACGAGAAGGAAGCGUAUUUACCUUCACACAUGCAGCAGCCUCUGAUGCAGAUUCUACACUUACAGGGGGUAAUGUUUCUACCUCAAACUCUAGGUCACUAUCAUCAUCCUGGAAAUGA